AUAAACUUUAAGGUUUUCAUGAAUCGAAUAAAAUUCAUUGGAAACAGUAUUGAACAAACUAGCGCUGCAGACAUAUUGGAUUUUUGUUUAAAAUAAACAACAAAACCUCAAUAAAACUAAUAAAAUUAAGAAAACUAUUUGUAAUAAAAAAACAAACAAAAAAUUGUAAAAAAAACACCUGGUUCUAAAAGUUUGAAGUUAUUUAAAAGCAAAUAGCAUGAAUUUCAUAAAAAAUAUAAUUUUAAUAUUUGCCCUAUACCACACCUGUUAUGGUCUGUAUCCCUCUUAUAAUUAUGGACAACAACAACAGUUAUUACAACAAGAUUUACUACAACAGCAGCAACAGCUAUUACAGCAACAUCAACUAUUGCUACAACAAAAACAACAGCAACAAGGUCAAGGUCAACCAGACAGAGUUACAAAUUUAAAAAUAGUUUUACCCAAAACAAUAAUAGAAGAUUUUGAAUAUAUACCCACCAUACAGGGUUAUAGAUACAGCUACAAACUGCCAGAUGGUUCGAGACGUGAGGAAAAUGCUUUCAUAACUGGUCUACGCAUGGAUGACUAUUCUCGUUUAGAUAGUAGAACUACCGAUUUUACUGCAGUUGGAGUUGGUGGUCGACCAAAAAAGAAUCGCAAAUUAUCACCAGGUUCUUUGAAAUCGUUAUCUGGUUAAAAAGUAUUGUUUUCUUUAAUUCUUAUUAGCAUAAGUUAUUUUUAUACAAAUAUGAAUUUAUUAUAUGAAAUAGUAUUUUUCUAAGCAACUUUGUUGCAUUUUUAUUUGUUAAGUAUAUCUCUUUAUUGUAUGUUUAUGUUACUCAAUGUUUUCUUUGCAUUGCUUGUAUUUUUAUUCAAUAUUUAAGUUGUAAUUUUUUGUUUAUUUACAAAUUCAAUGUAUACAUGGUUUUUCAUAUACAUAUGUAUGAAUGUAUGUAAAACAUCAUCAAAAGCCAAUAAAUCAUUUUCAACACAAUA